AAAUUCUUCUUCCUUCACGCACAGACCAUAAAACUGUUGAAUUUAGCAAAGCGGGAAACGUGGUGUUAAUUGGAUCCAUCGUUUUCACCCGAGGAAUGAAUGAUCAUGAAUGCAACCCAAGCAGCGAAUGCCCACCAACAGAUUGCAAUAUGAUUUGCAGUCCACUUCUGCACGUGGGAUCUCAAAUAUGCAUGUCACGACUAAUCAAGUAAUUCUUACGGAAAUCAAUUGCACAAGAAAACGAACAAAACCCGCCGCACAUUCAUAUGCUUUUAUUAAUUUGCAUCUUCCCUGUCGUCCCCAAUGCAUGCGUCGGUUUUAUCUGCGCGCUGGUUUAUAGAAGAUUCUGAUGAGAAUAUGGUGCUGCUAGAUCUUUUUAUUGCUGCUACAAUACCGGUCCUAAAAGUGCUUUUGAUAACUGCACUUGGGUUAUAUCUUGCUCUAGAUCACGUCAGUAUCUUGGGGGAAGACACCAGGAAGCAUAUGAACAAUGUAGUGUUUUACGUAUUCAAUCCAGCGCUUGUAGCCAGCAACCUUGCAGAAACAAUUACGUAUGAAAGCAUGGUUAAGCUGUGGUUCAUGCCAUUCAAUGUCCUGCUCACAUUUGUUAUUGGUUCAAUACUUGGAUGGAUAGUCAUCCAAUUUACAAGACCUCCGUCACAUUUGCGGGGUUUGAUUUUGGGUUGUUGUGCUGCAGGGAAUAUGGGGAACAUGCUCCUUAUUAUAAUCCCAGCUGUUUGCAAAGAAAAAGGAAGCCCAUUUGGAUCUCCUGAAGUAUGUCAUUCAUACGGAAUGGGUUAUGUUUCACUUUCAAUGGCGAUUGGAGCCAUUUAUUUGUGGUCUUACGUCUUCAAUAUCGUCCGAAUAUAUUCAAUCACGAGCAUCAACGAAUCCACUGUAAAUGAUUCCUCUACCAGCAAAUAUUUUAGGGAAGCAUCCACAUCAGAUCAGGGGAGUUGCACUGAACCACUACUUUCUUCCAAGGAUCUCUUGGUAUCUGAAGACAAUGAAAAUGGAUACAUCCUGCCUUGCACAAGUUCUAAGGGAAAAGCUGAGGCAAGAUUUUCAAGUAAGAUAAAGCAACAAUUAAAUAUGAUGAUUGCUAAGAUUAAUAUGAGAUCAGUAUUUGCCCCUUCAACAACUGGAGCGAUUGUUGGAUUUGUAAUUGGACUCGUCCCUCAGAUUAGAAAAUCAAUGAUAGGUGAUGGUGCUCCUCUUCGUGCGAUUCAAGAUUCUGCUUCUUUAGUGGGUGAUGGAGCCAUCCCAGCUCUCACCCUAAUUGUGGGAGGUAACCUUCUCAAAGGACUGAGAGGGUCAGGAAUUCGCAAGUCUAUCAUUUUUGGCAUCAUUGUUGCUCGUUAUAUUGCUCUGCCUCUCAUUGGUAUUGUCAUUGUUAAAGGAGCUUCUCGUAUUGGUUUUGUUCAAGCUGAUGCACUAUAUCAAUUUGUUCUCCUUCUUCAGUUUGCUGUUCCACCUGCAAUGAACAUAGGUACAAUCACUCAAUUAUUUGGAGCUGGUGAGAGUGAAUGCUCUGUUAUCAUGCUCUGGACUUAUGCCUUAGCCUCAAUUUCGCUUACCUUAUGGUCAACAUUUUUCAUGUGGUUGGUGGCCUGAAUUCUGCUAAAACAAAUGUUUCUGGAGCAAUAUACCAGCAAAGGAUGCUGUAGGUGCUGCUACCGCUUUUCUUUUUCUUUUUUAUUUUUUUUUUUUGGGAGGAUUAAGAACAGAUUCCAAACUCAGGACAACAAAUGUUUCUCUUUUCCAAAAAAUACAACUGAUGCUUUGGAAUUUCGGCGCUGGCCUCA